AUGGCGUCGGAAGAAUUCCUGACGCAGCUGCCGCUAAGGAUCGUCGAUCGGCUGGUGCAUCUGGAUCGGAGCUUUGGGGACACCGCACGGGCGGUGGGCGAAGCGUUGGAGGGAGGGGAUGGGAAGGGAGCGGAACGGGAGGGGAGGGGAGGGCAGGUGGGGAUUGGAGGGCUGGAGGAGACUUUUCAGACGGGGUUGAUGCUGAAGCGGCAGUUGGAUGAGUUGGAGAAAGAGUCCUCUAUUCCUGACCGCUCUGGUCACCUCGCGCUGCUUUUGAAUAGCGAAUAUGUCCUCUGGUCGCUGAACGCCCAUACCCCGCUCCGGCUCAACCCCUUCCUGUCGCACUGGGUCGAGGUGGUGAGGAACUACGAGAUGCGAAACAGCAUUGUGAUCGAGGAGGUGGGAACGAAGAUGAAUGAUUCGAGCCUCCAGAGCGCUCGAGUGGAGAUGGUGAAGCUCAUCCUCGCUGGAGAGAUCGAGACACUGUCGUCUCUGGCUCCGAAACAAUUCGCCGACCGCCUACGCCUCUUCCCACCGCGCGACCUCGACAUCGCUCCCUUCAUCGAAAUGCUGGAGGAAGAAGGCAUCUGGGAUCCUGAGUCUCCUGUGCCCUCGUCCCGUCCGACCCCCACCCACUCCCGAUCGUCCUCCUUUCAAAACCGCGAGACUUCCGAGCCCAGCGCCGAUUCCGGGUCCAAUAAGCCUCCACCGUCUGAGUCUCCCAACGCGGAUGCCAUGCCGUCUCACGAACCCCAGGCCCGGGUUCCAAAAUUCAAAUCUCGACCUACCCCUCUCACACCCUCCACACUCGAACACCACCUUCAGGCCAACCCCAUCCAAACCCUUCGUACGCUCACGCACCUCCCCAUCGACCUCUCCUCCCUCGACCUCCUCACCACCGCGCUCACGUCUCCAUUUCUGGUCGUCAUCGGCAUUGAGCCCCCCUCCGUUGCGCGAGACUACAUCCAGCACGCGUUACGCGUCAUAGAAGGGGGCGUGAACGCUCCCGACCCCAAUGAUGCGCCCUCUCGCGCACCGCCGCAGUGGAAUGAGUGGCGGGACACCCAGCCUCAGAGCGUGUACGAAGACGACGACGACGAAGACGACGACGACGAAGACGAAGAAGAUGACGGAGACGAAUAUGAGGACGACGGCGAAGCAUCCACCCCACGCGGACGCACAGCCGAGCUCCACGACAUGGGCAUCGAGAUCAUGUGGGAGCGCGGCGCGACGCCGAGCCUGCCGCAUCCGUCGCUGGGCGUCCCUCCGAGCCGUCGGAGCGGUGAAGACGGCCGAGCGGCGGAAGGAAAACAGGCAGGGACGGCCGCGCAGGCUCAGAAUCGUGCUUCAGCCACCGAAGCAGCCCGCGCAGGCGCCAUCGCAACCGAUCCCGCGGAGGACAUGCCAACGGACCGGGCGUCGCUGCAACGCGCCGCGACGCUGUUAGUGCUGUUCGUGCGGUCGCUGAUUAGGAAGGGGAUCGUGGAAGUGCAGGACCUGUACUGGGAGAUCCAGGAGCUGUGCGUUCGGUUCCUGUGGGUGAAAGACGUGAGGAGGUUGAAAGCGUGGGUCGAGACGGGGGAGGACGAGGAAGAAGACACGAAUGUGGAGGUAGGUGGAGGGAAGGAGAAAAGCAAAGGCGUGGACGGGGAACGAGAAAGGGGAGGCUGAUAGAUGUCGUAUUGUAAGGGACAACGGGCACGAAAGGGGCAUCUUUAUGCCUACCAAAGAAAUCUAUCUAGCUGCAAGGAGUAGGCCCGGGGUCAACUUUGAACAACUGGGUCAUCAUUUGAAACUGGGAACUUAUGCUGCAUACUGAUGGGAGAUCCACUCCACCCAGAACGAUCCGCUUGUCAGUGUGUCGUAUUCUAGCGUUCCUUGUCACUGCGUCGAUGAAGCUUCUGGCGUCUCUUGCUCGAGGUUU